GCUGGCUUUGCUGCCACCCGAAAACCUGGGUUUGGGACUUGGGUGCCAUCGCUAAAUUGUCUGGUUCCAUCUGCAGUCGCAUUUCUUCUUUUCCGGUCCCUCUGCUCAACUCCUUUCCUAUCUUCUUCACAUGAGUGUGUGUUUUUGUCUGUGUGUACUUGUGUAUGACUCACCUUUUGAAUUUCAGCCUGCCACGCGGCUCGGAAAGACCCAGGAAAUCUGCCAAAAUGAAAAGCAACUUGUCUUUUGUGUCACUUUUGUGGAGUGGCCUGUCUUUCCGUUUUUGGCCGGAAUUGGUGAGGCGCAGCUGCUUCUUGUGCCUCUGACUGUGGAAAAGGUGCUUUGUAUCUGCUCAGAGUACUGCCACCUGCUUGGUUUUGUUCACUCCUUCCUGCCCAAUCAAGCAAGAACAGGGGAGAAGGAGGCAGCUGAUGUUUAGCAAACGAGAGCCUUCCCUUGAAAACCCUGGGACCCCUCCUAGCCUUGUUUGAAGAAACCUAGGAAAAGGUUCUGACUUGCCUUCACAUAUUCCAUACCAAGAGGGCCCCAGGCUCUGGGAUUUUGCUGCCAUGGAAAAAUCAAGAUCCUUGUUCCAGCAAAUAAGUGGCUACAAGAUGCUCUUUGUCUUCUUCCUCCUUUUUAAGACAGGUAUUCCUGUAGAUGGACAAAAUACAAGCCAGCUUCCUAGCACAACAAAUGUGACCAACAAUACAGAAACAACAGAAAGUUUAUCUGCAAACUCCUCACCUCUUGCAUUGUUGAAUUCUACCAUUUUUCCAAACGUUUCCAUGCCAUCUGUUAGGUCACUUCCUGAUGCCACCAUAUCUAGCACUCUAGCACCUAGCAUGAGUAUAACAACCACAGUGCAUCAAGCAGUGGCCCUCAGGACAAAACCUCCAGUUUCAAAACAGGAAAUAAUACAGUCUCCCACUGCAGUGAUUGCUGCUGCCCCAGAAGACACAUCAAUCCAAAAGAAAAGUUCCACCCCUGUCCUAGAUAAUGUCACCUCCUCCACCAAGGAAAAAAUUCUACACCCUACAGAAGCAGUGGUGGUACAAGGAUCCUAUACAACUCUUGGCCAGAAGAACAUUCCCACUGAAAAGACUGUCCCACCAGACUUUGAUACAACUGUUGCUAAGAAGGUAUCCCCUCCAACAAAGGAUUUUGGAAAGAUCUCCCAAGGGAUCCUCUCUGAGCCAACACCAUCAAAGACCACAGGACCAAGACAGGGCAAAACAGAGACAACAGUGCCAGGUCCAGAUAUUCCACAAGUAACUCAGACAUAUGAGACUGGCAGCCACUAUAAGCCUCACCCUUUCACCUCAUUGAUGACACCAGUCAGCAUAGAAUCUGUCUCUCCUGGUAUGAGCACUUCAGGGAAGAAUUACACUGCCAUCAUUUUGGCCAUUGUUUUCUCCAUUCUCCUGCUCGUAUGCCUCCUUGCUUUUCUGUAUUGUAGGCAUCGCCGUCACUCUGGGUCUACCAAUUUCAAUGCACCAGAAUGGGCUGGGCAAGCGGCAUUGCCAGAUGAUACAGGCUUGGAUAAGGACGUUGAACAAGAGGUGGGGGCUUCAGGGGAAGGGGAAACCAGACGUGGGACUCUUGUCACUUUCUUUGGUAAGCGUCAGUCUAGGGUGCCUUCGAUAGCCAUGGAAGACAUCAACGGGAAAGGAGGAAAAGAGGAAACAGAACAACUGCUUCGUGGAGAGGCUGGGACGGGCUCCACUUCCGAGGCGUUCGGGGAUGCAAAUGGCAAAGUACCAGAGCCCCAUAUGGAAUCUUCUCAGGAGUCCCAGCCUCCAAUAUCUUAGGAGGAAGUUCCUCCUAAACAGUGAGAAGGCACACCCACCUCUUAGGUUCUUCCUAUAGCAGACAGUUUUUAUGCCUUAUAUACAUACCUUUAAGUAUAUCCUAUAUCUUAUAGGAUAGAUAUAUCCCAUAUCCUGUAUUUCCUGGCCAUUAGAUUAGGAUGUCCCUUGUUCAUAUGUGAGGGAUGGGUGGAAGAUGGAGGAGCUGAAGAGAGAUUUCUCUUCCUCAACUACUCUUCUGAAAUUCCUGAGCAGCUCCCUACCUCCCACUUCGUUAUAAGGCAUAGGUAUGACAGACCGAAAUGCAGAGAGAAACUAAAGUUCCUGGUUUCUCAGCUGCCAUUGGCCCAGCCCAGAUUCACCAAGUUCUUCUUUUUCUUUUUUUCCUCUUCUUUUAGAGGACAGAAAGGUUGACAUAAGGUUGGAUGGUUGUCAGGUUUCCAGGUGGUGGUGAUGGUGGUGGAGAAUGCCGUGAAGAGGUGAGGGGUUGUGGCUGAAGACUGAGCAUAGAUCAAUGUUUCUCAACCUUGGUAACUUUAAGAUGGGUGGAAUUCUGGGAGUUGAAGUCCCACCCAUCUUAAAGUUGCCAAGGUUGAGAAACACUGGUCUAUAUUGUAGGAGAAAGUUUUGAUCACCAUUGCCUGAAGAAAGUAUAUUAACAAAAGCUAAUUUUUUUAUGAUGCUGCAAAUUGCUUGGGUGAUUCAUUCUCAGAAGUGCUGUGUGAAUGGCUUUUAUGCAUGCAUACAGGAAUAUCUUAACUAGAUUUUUCAUUAACUCAGAUUUUUUUAUUGUAUCAGCUCUCUGGGUAUGACUAUAAAGAAAUGUCUUUAUAUGGGUAUUCCCAAAGAGCUGACAUAGCUGGCAGUAAAAUAUACGUAGGUUUAAAUGCUUUUAUUUAAUUCAGAAACCUUUCCAAUUAUUCUACAGUGCUCUGUCCUUUGCAUCACUUCAAAAGUGUAAAUUUUAAAACAGCCAGGAGAGAGGGUGUAUCUUCCUUUCUAAAAAAGCC